GCUAGAGGAGCGGAGCAUGAGAGCAGUCCAGUUUGCCGAUGCAGUGUAUGCGCUGACAGAGAAUGAGUAGAAAUCGCUGGCAGAUUUCCAUGCGUGUGGAUGAAGAAGCGUUGUGGCAGUCUAAACCCUGGAGGUGAUACGCUCCCAUUUUGGCUUAACACGUUUAGAUGUGACAAAGGGAGAAUCUUAUGACUGUUGGAGAAGGCAGAACGACACAGCAGAGGCCCAGAGGAACACAGAAGGUAACGGAGGGAGUUUCUGAAGACGAACGGAGCCAAGAAAACUGUGUGAGAGGAGCAGAGGGGGAGUGGAGAGAACCACACUGAAGAGAAAAGAGAACCACUGAGAUAUUCAAAGAAGAAGAACGUGGCCAAGCAUGAGAGAGGAGGAGCAGUCUAAUGAUGACCACCCUGAGGGAGGGGUGGUUUCCAGCCAGGAGAACAUUGGUAGACCACCUUCGAACGCAUGUCCCGUUGUUGUAGCCACACCAGGGGCCACCGGGCGUAAAAGGCAGACCGGCUCACAUCCUGAGGAUCACGUCGCCACAGUUGCUCCUACCACAGCAGUGGAUGAUAGCAAAGUCAAGCCAGGGGACGAGAUCCAGGUCUACACUCCUUCUGGAACCAAGAGAGUUAAGAGGAGUCCUCUGCACCGGCCACCUUCCUCAGGCCCCUCCCUUUCCCCCGUCCCCGGUCCUAGUCCCGGAGACCUCCUAGCCCUCGAGGACCCGCACGGCCAGCGGGUGAUUGCCAACAUCCGGGAGCGUCAGCGGACACAAUCUCUGAAUGAUGCCUUUGCCUCGUUGCGCAAGAUAAUCCCCACACUUCCCUCUGACAAACUGAGCAAGAUCCAGACCCUCAAGCUGGCAUCGCGCUACAUUGACUUCCUGUACCAGGUGUUGGAGAGCGACGAGAUGGACUCUAAACAAGCUGGAUGUAACUACCUUGCACAUGAAAGACUGAGCUACGCCUUCUCCGUGUGGAGAAUGGAGGGGGCCUGGUCGUCCAUGUCCGCGAGUCACUAACCCCGCCAGGAAGAAAGAUUUGUCUUUUGACUCCUAAAAACCUUACGCCUAAAACAUCCUCAUGCCGGGAGUAUUCUUGCAGACAGCUGACUGUGGACUCACACUUAUAAACUCCUCAAUGUAGCUCAUCUGUUUGCCUCAGUGGGAAAGACUAUCCGACACCUCGAUGAGAAGAGAGUUUGGUAGUUUGAAGCCACUACCCUUUGAUGUAAAUUGCAGUAACUUCCAUUGUUGUCAGACCAGAUAACUGAUGGGACGACAGGACAGGCGAGAGACAAAAACAGCCGGACAUCAUUCUACAUACAUUCAGUUCAACCAGCUGAUGGUUAAGGAUGCCCUUUCCUUAAUGUUGCCUCCACAUGACAACACGGUUUGUUCUUCCAGAAACCCCCCCUCCGGACCCCUCAGCUCUUCCUGGAUUGCGAAGCUUGACCUCUGGUUUAAUCCCUAUCUUUUAUCACCCUUAACUGGCAAGGGUCAACAUCACAUCAUCAUCAUAGCUGCUGUAUAAAGUGACUGAUUCUUCCUUGUACAUCUCUACUCCUUGCUACAAUUUCUAAUCGUGUGGAUUUGAUGGCAAUGGAAACCUUUAGGUACCUCAUGUUUGAAUUAAGGAGAGAGACUGUUUAAGAGACUUAAUAAAAGGCAUCAGGAUACAGACUGACAUCAGGACGUUUCUUUGGACCAGCCAAACAAUCUAAAAGAUGCCAUAUAUCGAGAAGAUAACAACAUUACUGAAGAAGUUGUAGCAUUUUGUUUUGUUUUUGUUUUUGUUUCAUACUAUUUUCCCCUAUUAAAUUGUUCAAAGUGAAUUUAUACAAUUGCUGUCACCGGAAAAACCUUUAACCUGCAGUUAAACCAAGACUUCACCUUCAAACGUUACAUUAUAGUGUGUUCAUCUCCUGUGAAUCAGUUUACAGAGGGUGGCUGUGUGGCUGUGUUGCAUUUACUUGAAGUCUGUACAGUGUGGUGCUCUAUGUGAAAUAAAUGACACACUUUGACUGAUUAUAAACAUCACAAGCAGAGAAAGGCUUGCAGACCAAUAUGUAGUGAUACAUAAAGGACACAAAAACAUAUUUGUCUAAGAAAAUAAAACUGCCUUCAAACUA